GGCGCCACGUUCCCCGCGACGGCUGUGGGCAAAUUAGCUGGGACUCCGGGUGGUUCCCGGCGACCAUGGCCUUUACCCUGUACUCGCUGCUGCAGGCUGCCCUGCUCUGCGUCAAUGCCAUCGCCGUGCUGCACGAGGAGCGUUUCCUCAAGAACAUUGGCUGGGGAACAGACCAGGGAAUUGGCGGAUUCGGAGAGGAGCCAGGAAUUAAAUCUCAGCUAAUGAACCUUAUUCGAUCUGUAAGAACCGUAAUGAGAGUGCCAUUGAUAAUAGUAAACUCAAUUGCAAUUGUAUUACUUUUACUAUUUGGGUGAAGAUCAAUGGGAGAAAUGGAAAUUCAGAAGAAGAGUUGCCAGCAGAAGUUAUUACUUUGGUCAUUAUUGGAAUAUACGUAUCUUAGCUGGCUGUCUUUGGACUUGACAAAAAUGUAAACGUGAUAAUAAAACUAGAGUCCCUAUUCAUCUGAUUUUUUAAAAUGCUGCACUUAUAGUUUUAUUACAAAAAGAUCAGAUCAUCAGAGGCAGUAACUAUCCAGGAUUGGAAUACAUUUGAUUGCUGACUGUUAAUAAAAGUUUGUGCUAUGGUAAAGAUUGUUCAAAGGGUGCAGGACUGUUACUUCUGUGUUUUUAGAGCUUUUUGUCUCACUUCUCAGGGAUGAAUUUUUUUUGCUUUUGAAGUUCCUUGUGACUUAGCUAUGAUGCUCAGAGAGUGAUUAUAUAUCCUCCUAGAUAAAGUUUAAAGGAUUUAAAAAAGUA